AUGAAUUAAAUACAUAAAAUUUUAUUCCAAGUUUUAAGUCAAAUUGCCUUAACAGCAGUAGUCAAAAAAAGAAGAGUGUUCCAAAAAAAGUAGAGAGUGAGAGUAAUCCUUAUUUAUUAAAUACAGAAUAGAAUUGAUAACAAGGCUAACACUCCAGAAAUGAUUAGAACUUUAAAUACCAACUUUAGUCCUCCAAUAAAAUAUACAGACAUUCUCAAAACCAUUAAAUAAAGCAGCCAUAAUUAGCCAUCUAAAAUUCAAAUUAUCUAUGAUGUCGAUUUUGAUUAAGCAAAGAAUAGAGUUUCUUCUUAAUUCAAAUCCCCCAAAGAAGUGACUCCAACCAAAAAGCACACUUAAACAAUUUUCGGUAAUCAUAGAGAUUGA